AUGUCAACGCCCAACCCCGCGGGAGCUCGUCCUGCCCGCCCUGUUUUGCGACAGGACUUCUCCAGUGGCUCCUUCAUCCACGACCACCAGCAGUACAAACCACCGGCUUCCUAUACUCAGACAAUAAGCAAUGUGCUCGGAAACGCUAAUGAGCAGCGUCCCGGGGCGAUUGCGCGCAACUCGAAUCCCAUUUCUCCGGAUCCAAAGAAGGUGACCGAUAGUGGCAUCAUCCACAGUAUCUUCCAUCACCGAGAGGGCGUGCUCCCUCGAGGGACUCCGAAACUGGUCGCAACUAUAUUCUACAAGUCUUCCGAGCCGGUGCACCCGCAUCUACAUCCCGAUUCCUCGCCUAACCCUCGACCUGGAGAUAAACUUCCUCACCCCAUGGUACCUGUGGGUUCGGCCCCAACCAUCGACAUGGAGAAAAUUCCCCGCGAGCCCCCCGCGCCGGAACCUGAGCCUCUGGAUCAUCUAUACGGCCCAUAUGUGUCACAGCUGUGCUUGACCAAUUUCCUCCAAAUCAUCGAAUCACUCCCUAUUCCGUACCAGCGCAUGACCACAUCGCACCGCUGUCUGGAUACGCAUGAGCAACCGCGCGUUGUGGAGGUCACUUUUUCGCCUCCUCCAAACCCGGAUUAUCUCAGCUUCGCUGACCUCCGUAAACACGAGAGUAUAUGGAGAUUCGAAAGAGAAUGGAAUGUGGAGGUUGUUCUGCAGAAGGAGAGUGCUUUCCGCAGGCACAAGCGCUUGGUUAUUUUCGACAUGGACAGCACUUUGAUCAGAAAUGAGGUGAUCGACGAGAUCGCUAAAUUUAUAGGCGUUGAGAAAGAAGUUUCCGAAAUCACCGAACGCGCAAUGAAUGGUGAGCUUGACUUCGCGGCGUCGCUGAGGGAACGCGUCAGCCUGCUAAAGGGAGUGCCUGCGGAUGUUUUCGAGAAACUGAAGUCAGUACUCACCAUUUCCCCUGGUGCUAGGGAAGUGUGCAAAGCCCUCAAAAGGCUUGGCUGUAAGUUGGCCGUUCUGAGUGGAGGAUUCCAACCACUUGCAGAAUGGUUGGCUGGUGAGCUAGGCAUUGAUUACGCCUUUGCCAAUCACCUUGAGGUUGACCCGACGUCGCAAACCUUGACGGGUAAACUCGUCCCAACAUACCCGAUCAUAGACGCGAAUCAGAAACGCAGCCUGCUUCAGUCUAUUGCUGCGGAUAACGGGAUUGAAAUUGCGCAAACCGUUGCCGUUGGUGACGGUGCUAAUGACUUGCUUAUGCUUCAUGCUGCUGGGCUCGGAGUUGCGUAUCGAGCCAAGAGCAUGGUGCAACUCGAAGCCCCAACGCGAAUCAACGGCGAAAGCCUAGUUGACGUUCUUUAUCUUCUUGGUUUGAACGAUGAGGACAUUCAGGAGCUCACUGCGUAA